UGUAACUUACGUACAGACUUAUCAUAUAGUUUAACACAUAACCUCAAUGUUGCAAUGUCUAAAACUUUUAGAAAUUUUUGUGGAAAUGUAUAAAGUGUAUAAUAUUGGAUUUUUAUAUUCUUUGUGAUUAUCAUUAAAUUGUUCAAUUUUUCUUUCUCUUUAACUUUACAAUUAUUUAAACAUGUAAGCCUACAUUUUGAGGUUAUGAAUGAAUUUCAUUAUUUAUAAGAAAAUAUAUUUUCUUUUUAUAUAUAUUUUUGUCUAACAUAAUUUAUGUUUUAUUAUGAAGCGACGUCAAAGAAGGCCUGUUUUAGAACUUAAUCAGUCUCAAUCUGGUUCUCAUGAAGAAUAUAUACAAAACAAACGCAAACAUAUAAAUAAUGAUUACCAAGGACAAAAUGUACCUGUUAAUCCAUUGGCAAAUUUACUUUGCCAUUAUAAUUCAGAUAGUGAUACUGAAGAUUCUAAGAAAGAUUAUAAAUUAGAUGAUCAAGUUAAUAAUUUUUUUAAAGAAAUUCAAUUGAUUGCACCUAAGCAAUCACUUUCAAAGGAAUCUAACAAUGUUGCCUUAACAACAAAUUCUAAUAUUCACUUAUCACAUCAUAUAAAGCAACAAGCAUUCAUGUGGCGUGAAUGUUUAGAUGAAUCUUCAGGUUAUCCUUACUAUUGGCAUAUUGAAACUAAUGAAGUAACAUGGGAAAUGCCAGAUGAAUUGCGAUAUUUAAAAAAUAAUGUUAAAACAAGUUCUGUUAUAAAAUCACAACCAAUGCAAGAAUCUCAUUGGGUUGAUUUUUCAUCUGUUACAUACCAACAACCUCAUGAAAAUAUACCAGAAGGUAUGAUACCAAGAGAAGUAGUAGCUCGAAAUCGUAAUAGAUAUAUUUGCAAUGAAACUGUCCAAAAGCAAGAAUUUCAAACUGAUCAAGAUACUGCAAAUACAUCUGAUACCAUGGAUAACGAUUCUGAUGAUGGGAAGAUAGAAAUGAUUACAUCUUAUGGGAGUGAUGAAAGUGAUUCAGAUACAACUGAUGACAAUUUAUUAAAAAAUAAUACAUCUUCUAUAAUUGAAUCAAAGAAUAUAGAUUCAGUAAAAUUAAAAUGCAAUGAAAAAUAUUCUUUGUCACUUCCUUUAAUGCAAUCACAAUUAAUUUCUCAAAAUAUAAAUCAUAAAUAUGAAGAAAAAGACAAUAUGGAAGAAUCAGUAACAGAAUUAUUGGAUUUGAAAUCAAUUGAAGGAACAGAAAUGAAAUACUUAAAAAACCAAAUUAAACAACAAAAUGUAGUUCAAAGAAUAAAUGAAUGUGUGGAUAAACUUAACGAUAAUCGAUUUAUUAUGAAAUCUAUAACAAAAAAAAACAAUAGCAAACAUAACGUUAAUUCUGAUGUAGAUUUUCGCAUUUCUUUGGUACCUGGUUAUGAUGAAGAUUCAGAUGUUGAAGAAGAAGUUAAGCAGGAAAAGAAAGUUCUAUUUCCAAUUCCUCAAAUUGAUGAAAUUACAGAAAAUGUAUCAUCAUAUAAAAGUACAUUUGAUGAUCAAAUAGUGAAUAGUAAUGAUGAUAUUAAUAUUGAAAGAAAAAAUAUAUUAGAACAAAAUAACGAAGACAUUUUGGAAAAAUUGGAAUGUAGAGAUGAUUCCGAAACUAAAUCAGAAGAAGAUAUACAAAAAGGAAACAAAUUUAUUGAUAAUUUGCACAAUCGAAAUAAAUAUUUUCAAAGAAAAAAACGGAUUGCAUUUGAUGUUCCAUCUACAAAAAUAAAAAUAAAUGAUGAUAAUGAAGCAAGUAAAUCGGAAGGAGACAUACAACGCGAAGAAAUAAAUUCUUCUGAUGAGAAUUUUAAUGAAGUUCGAAUUGGCCAACAAGAAGAAUCUAAUUCUGUAAUCGAGAAUAUAGAGGAAAAUAUUUCAAAUUUCAAAAAUGAAUUGAGUAAUAUUGAAGAAGAAAUAAAUAAUUCAGAAUCAAAUAAUGAAUCUAAAGAAAAUGAAGAAGAAGUUAAUCUAUUAUCACAAAUCAUACUUGAGAAACUGAAAUUUUUAUCAGAAGGAAAACCAGGUGUAUUGCCAGUUCAGUUGAUGUCUAUUCAAUUACAAACAUUGUUUGUUGCAUGGGAGGCAGGUUGUUUAGAAAAGAAUUAUUUGCGAAAAUGGUUGUGUGACACCAGUCACGAAUUGGAACGCUUGGAACAAGAUGCAGCACCAUCUGGAUGGCUAUGUCAGUGGGAUAGGUCGCAUAAGCGAUAUUAUUACCAGAACACUACCACUGGAAUUACACAAUGGACCUAUCCAGAUACUAGCAUCGCCGGUGGAGCUGAAGAAAUGGAAAUUUGUUCCACACCUCCUCCAAUGGAACAAGAAGAAAUUAUUAUACCUGAAGAAGAUGGAUUGAGAUCAAAGCCAAAGGAAUCACAGGAAAAUGGUGAGAUAACUGAAGAUAUGACAAUUCUAAGGAACAAUGACAUAGAAGCUCCACCUCCACCUCAAAUUUCAAAUCCAAGUCCACCUCCGCCGCCAAGAAUUUAUGCAGAAGAUUUAAAAAGAGACAAGAAAAAACAAGAUAAAUGUAAUGAAAAUUUGAAUGACAAAAAACAUUUGGGAGAAGAAAGAACAGGAAUUAUAGAAAUAAAGCAGUUGGAAAAUUCUACUGCAUUAUCGUCUGCCUUAUUAUCACCUCAACCUUCUAAUCUUGUAAAUGUAACUAGCGCGGAACCUCUGCCGCCAGGAGUAGAUUUAACCGAAGCACCUUACGAAAUAUCUGCAACAGCAUUAAAAAGAAUUAUAUAUGGUGCUGUGCAACCACCAGGUAGUGCUCUUUAUGAUACAACUGCAAGAGAUCCAACAGUUUCUAUUCUAAGUCAUCCAGCGACAAUAGUACAAGAACAUUAUCUUCAAUAUCCAGCAUAUCAUCAACAUUUGCAUGCUCCAGCGGCCUUAGUACUUCCACAUAAGCAUAGUGUACAGCCUGCAAUUCAAUUAAUACCUGAUUAUACUCCAAUAUAUACAAAUCAUAAAGUCAUUGAAAAACCGCCAGUUAAAACAGCAAAGGAAUCUCUUGUAUCUGCUUUAGAUUCAUUUUAUAAUGAUAUUGCACGUAUAGAAAAUAUUGAAGCAGAAAAAAUUUCUCAAAGACAAGAAAAUCCAGUGGAAGUAUCUUCUUUAUCAAUAGAAGAAGUAAAAGUGGAAACAGAACAAGAAUCUAUUCCUUUUGAAACUACUAUAAAAGAAAAAAAAAGAAAAAGGACAAGAAUUGGUAUUAGUAAGAAACAUAAAGAAGUGUCUAGUAUGGUAGCAAAAUGGCAAAAAGUACAACAGAAUUUUGAAAAUACAUAAAUUGCUGCAACUUGCUGAUAUUUAAUUCAUUCAACACAAAUAGCGCACUAUACUUUUUUCAGUAUAGUGUUUCUGUACCUGUAAUUAAUAUUAUUAUCCUACGCACUUUUUUUUAUCUUUAAAAUUCAAGAAACUUAACAAAAGAAAUGUGAAAAAUAAUGUAAAAAUAAACAGUUUCUGAAAAAUAAUGUAAAUUUCAAAAACAUGUAUUUUUUUUAUUUUUGUGUAGAAAGUAUAAACUGAUUAGUUUGAAUGCUUAUCAAUUAUAAAAGAAAUACAUUAUCAUGAUUUAUAAGUAUUUGAAAUAAAAAAAUAUUGUAAUUUAA